AUGCCCCAAAGAUGCAAAAAUAGCCACUUCAAACACUGCCGCUUCCACAGCGACGACAUCUUCUGCGACGACAGCGACUGGGGCUUCAUGUCGACGUUAACGUCUACUCAAAUGAAUGUCAAGCGAAGUUCUACAAGGGUCCACGGUCCCCCUGGUGGCGCAUCCCAGCUCACGUUUGGACCGGGUGGCUUCGGCUCCAGUGCCCCCCCUCCAGAACCAGAGGCCGAUGCCGAGUUGCGCGACUGUGGGGGCCUCCCGCAAACUGCGCAGCAACCCCGCGCAGACUUUAUUCCACAGAAACCUGUCUUCACACCCUCGACUCAACGCGGCUCUACCGCUUACCCCAUCAACAACAAUCAAAACCAACAGCAACUCCAGCAGCAAUUCCAGCAACAAAGGCCCCCGCCUACGGGCUAUUCGUACCUACCGCCCAGUGGGGGACCCCCGCCGAGCACCAGCGGGGGACGAGGGGUGUAUGGGGGCAACCAGCCCCCGGGCCAGUUCAUUGCAGACUCGCGGCCUUCCACGACUGGAUCGGGGUGGGGAAAGGCAGCACAACCACCGUUGACAUCGUCAAAGCGCGACCAAAACUGGGAACGAAAACGGCGCCAAUGGCUGGCCCGGAAGAAUGGAGGCGGUUCUUCUGGUGGGUACUCUAGCGGGUCGAGUUUUGUGCCCAGCACAGCUGGAGGUGGGUACGACAACCCGCCAUCGCCGCUGUCCAAGUUGUUGCACAACGUCAACAUCGGCGGCAGUGGCCAAGAGUUUCAAAUGCCACCCCGCACCCAGCAAUCGUCGUACCAGCAACUACCGCAACAACUUCAACCCCCUCGCACAGCCAUGUAUCCAGACACGGCGCAGUAUGGACACCAAGGAGCCCACCAGCAACAGCAGCUACCCCCUCGGACUCAGCAAUCUUCCUCGUAUCAACAGAUGGAGCCUCCGCGCACAUCAUCGUCAUCGUAUAACCAAGACAGCUACAGAGGGGGGGCGCCGCCCACGGGGUACACACGCCAAGGCGCGUAUCCCGACAAUUAUGGAAAACAACCCAGCAACGUGUUUCAGAACACCGGUGCAGCUCAAUUCUCCCAACCGCCUCCUCAAGCGAACAACAAUCGAAUGAUGACCGGCAGUGUGCCAAGCACAGCGGCAUCCGGGCGAUCUGUCCGACAAGCCCCGGGUGGCACCUCCAACUGGUCACCGUACAGCUAACCGAACGCGCCAGUACAUUGAAUACAUUCUUGUGGUAUGGGUAGUUGGUUCAUCAAUGGUACUGUACAGUGAGAUGCUAAAUAAAACUACAGUAAGGCUGUAACGAU